CAUGAUGUCUACAGCCAGUUCAUAACCAGGAGGGAUGGGAGGCCUUGAUUUCUAUCUGCUCCAGCUGUGAGCAGCACAGCUCUUAUUUAAAGGAGGUGUGAGGAGUCCCAUGCAUUGAAUUAGUUUGUCAGAAUGAAGAAGGAUCUUGUAUUGGGAGGGUUGGUGCUGCUCAGCCUUUGGCUGAUCUCAGGAAUCCAGGCUGUAAAACGAUUUCAGGAUGUCAUGUUUCAUGGAAAGCAGUCGAAUGACCAAGGACAUAAUAGCCAGAUUCGUGGAUGGUCUCCUGACAGGACCACCUGGGAUGAGCAGCUUUAUCCUGCCUGGAAAGCUGGAGAUGCCAGAUGGGAAAACUGCUGGAGAGGUGGCAAGGUGGAGGCUCUCUUGACCAGUGACAGCCCAGCGCUGAUAGGGUCAAACAUUACCUUUGCUGUGACUCUGCGGUUUCCCAGAUGCCAAAAAGAGAAUGAUGAUGGUGACAUAGUAUAUGAUGGAAAAUGCAGAAAUGACUCUUCUAGCUACCAAGAUCAGUAUGUUUACAACUGGACCAAAUGGGUAGAUGACUGCAAUGAAGGAAAUUGCACCUUUCUCAAUAAGUUUCCAGAUGGCCGUCCUUUCCCUCAUCACCCUGACUGGAGGAGGAGGAACUUUGUAUAUGUCUUCCAGACCCUGGGUCAGUACUAUGCACUGUGUGGGAGAUCCUCUGCAGUCCUAUCCAUCAAUACAACAAACCUCACCGCUGGCACACAGAUGAUGGAAGUGUCUGUGUAUAGAAGGGAUCGAAGACGGCACUAUCCAGUUGCUAAAGCAAGUGCAAUGUACAUUGUGACAGAACAAAUCCCUCUCUACGUGAACAUUUCCCAGAAGAAUGAUCGCAAUUCCUCAGACAAGAUCUUUAUUAAGGAUUCUCCUAUAACCUUUGAUGUCAAGCUUCAUGAUCCAAGUCACUACCUUGCCAAAUCAGCUGUGUCCUUCAACUGGACAUUUGGGGAUGGAAGUGGGUCCUUUGUUUCCAAUAAUCCCUUUUCUAGUCACACCUAUACUCUGUUGGGAAACUUCAGCCUUAAUCUGACUGUGAAAGCUGCCAUUCCUGGACCCUGCAAGCCAGUUACAACCACUCCUUUCAUUCCAACAACCUACCUUUCUACUACCACAGCUCCAGUGACCAGCAAUACCACAGGCAACUCUACAGACCUUCCCUUCACUGAGACUGCAUUUGUGACAACUGAAGGUUCCAACAUUACUACUGCUCCUACUACUGAAACUACUACACACAUACAAACCACUCCAGCUGCUGGCUGUUUCAUUGAUCGUUAUGGCUAUUACAAAACAAACAUUAGAAUUGUGGAUGGUAUCUUGGAGGUGAAUAUUGUAGAGAUGACAAAUGUGUCUCCAUCUGAAGCUCAAAAUGCUUUUAUAGACUUUGUCGUGGCUUGCCAAGGAAGUAUACCCACUGAUGCCUGCACUAUAAUCUCGGACUCCACAUGCACAAUUCCACAAAACGAAGUCUGUGAUGAGGUAGUGACUACUGAUGAAUGUUUGGUGACUCUAAGAAGAGCCUUUACAGGACCAGGAACCUAUUGUGUGAAUAUUACACUGGGUGAUGAUGCAAGCCUGGCUCUUGCAAGUACCCUUGUUUCUGUGAGUGAAGGAACUGGCACACCUGCACCAGUAAAAGAGAUCCUUAUUUACCUGGGCAUUUUGGCUGUUGUUGCUGUAGCUGUUGGUGCCCUCUUGUACAAGAAAUAUAAAGGCUACAAACGCAUUGAUGCAGCUUACCAUGACAGUACCAAUGAAGGGUUAAGUGUGACCUUCAACCAAAUAAAAUCGAGUCUUCUAAAAAGAAAUGAUGAGCACCACCCCCUUCUGAAGACCAAGGCUGGUGUCAUAUAAUCUGUAAUGGGCCUCAUGUUCUGAUUAGGAUGCUGUUGACAAUCUGUAUCAGGAACUCUUAAAUAAAAUUACUUAAUUACUACUGUAGAUAUUUCUUUAGGCUUGAACUACUGAUAUUGUCAAAUAUUCUAGGUGUUCUUUGAUUUGAUGGUUAUGUGUUCCAACUUCUUUCAGUUUCUGUAGCUAAAACCUGUUGUAAAGACUCUGUAAAGAAUUCUGCUAAGUCGAAUACUUGGGUACACAUAAUGCGAAUUUGAACAAAGUUGCACUUUGACACUGCAACUUAUUGUUACAAUGGCUUGAAGCUAGAAAAAGACACAGGUUAGCUAGAUUUCCUUAUUCAGGUCUUUGCUCUGCUAGAAACAUGGGCACAGACUGAAACUAGAAUCGUAUGCAUGAUCGAACUUGACAUGGACUACUGUAGGGUUUUGUCAAAUUGUGUUAAUGAUGACAUUGGUGGGGUAGGAAAACCUCAGACUUGUGGUAUAUGGCGAGUGGGUACUGGUAUGAGAAGGCAAAGAGACAUUGCAUAUUCUAAAUGUGAUCUCCUCUUUCAAGCCAUGUCCAGCAACUUAGUUUGUGCUGUUUUUAAGAAGGCCAGGAUGUCAACUGGUAGAAUGCCUCAAAAGAGAAUGUUAAGCUUUAAUGGUUCUUCUGUACAGAUCUGGUUCAUAUAUUGUUACUCUGUAUAUCUCACCACUCCUAUCUGACUCAAGCAACUACGCUACAAUAGCAUUAAAACCCAGACAGAUCUGCCACAUCAGGCUUGUUCUCUGAUGCUUUCACUAACUGGACAAUGGUAAGCCUGUCUGUGAGGCACUGCCUUCUAGUACCCUGCCCAUCCCAUAAUCUGAUGCAACCUACCAUACUGAUUAAACUCAGAAAUAGACUUAACCUCUGCUUGUAACUUCCUUAUCUAACACUGCGUUACUUGCUAGCAGUCUCAUCAGAUAACCAUGGUAAAAAGUUGGAACCCCUCACUACUUCACAUGUGGUGGUUAUGGUGGAGUCCCCUUGCACCACUAAAAUGUCAAACCAGUCUUGAUUAGUUAUGACACAAAGUACUUGUUCCUUAAUCGGGGACCCUGAAAGUGGUGAAAGUAUAGCAGUCUCAGCUGAUUUAUAUGAUGCCAAGCAACUCUGCAUCAUAUUAUAUUUUUGUUAUGAUGCAUGUCAAGUGUAAUCAUCUGUUGGUAUUGUGUGCAUUUCUCAGUAACUCCUAAUUUAUAAACUGCUUAAUAUUGUACAGUACACAAGAAUCUAAAAUAAACUGGAGCAAAUUCUUGUCA